UACUACAGUAUUUUGUUUCCACUUAUGUUACAGGUUAAAAAACUGAUUGUUUUUAAUUACAGUUCUUCUGAAUCUGUGUGUUGCUAUUAAUGGUUUCUUAUAGAUUGUUUCUUGGCUGAACAUUUGGAGAGAUGAUGAUGAGAUAUAGUUUUCUAUCACUGGUUAGAAAUGCUGGUUCAAGCCGGGCUCUGACUACCAACAUUCGCUUUACACAAAGCCAAGACCAUGCAGUGAGCCCUGCUAGCACAAAUGUGGCUGACCACAAUGAGACUCUUGGAAACAAAGGCAUUGGUGGCUGGCAGAUCAUGACAGCUGUCUGUGUCACUCGCCAUCCCGUCCUAUGUCCUCCUCUUUCUCCCAUGGAACACACUUAUUCACAGCACCUGCAGAAAUUAGAUGUGGAGCAGUCAUUGCAGUGCGACUUUGAGCUGCAAGUGAUAGAAGACAAUGCUAAGAAGCUCCUAGGAGUUGAGGAGGAAGUGGAACUCCUUGAAGAAGAAGCUAAAGAGAAACGAUCUGCACUGGAACAGCUCGACGUCUGGAAACAGGAGCAAGAAGAAUUUGAAAAGGAGCGUGUUUAUGAAGUUAAAGCGUCUGGAGGCAGCGUUGGCAGUUCACUGUCCCGACAGGUGGUCCUGGUGCAGAAGUACAAGCUGGGUUCCCAGGACAUGUGGCUCUUGCCGCAAGGCCCUUGGAAACCUGGAGAGACUCUCAGGCAGACAAGCGAACGUGUGGUAGCCGAGUGCUGCGAUCCUUCCCUUGGCGUGCGUAUCAUGGGUAAUGCACCUGUGGGCUUCUACAAGUACAAGUACCCCAAGGAAAUGCGGUCCCAAGGCUAUAUUGGAGCCAAGGUUUUCUUUUACCGCGGUCAAGUUGGCUACAGAGUUCGUCGGUCGCUGCCGUUGCUGCAGCUGGCGAGCAAGAAGGAGCAGCAGUGGCUCACGCACGAACAACUAAGCGAGAAACUCAAGCAAAAUUACGUUAAGGCUAUAACUCAGUUCCUCAUCGACGACAGUUAGGUAGCGUCGUUAGAGCCUUAGUUUAUACGCCCACAUAGAUCAGAAAUGAAUAUGUAAUCAGUUUUACGACAUAGUUACCCCAGCUAUUAUAGCCUACAGUCUAGAAAAAGGCUGAAUUUUUUCUCAGUUUAUAGAAUUGAAACUUUUCUUCUCCGGUUAGGUUGAAAAGGUGCGAUGCCUAUAUUGAUUCUGAUUAGUAAUUGUUUCACAUAUUCUGCGAGUGCAUAGCCUGGCUGAAUUUUGUCAUAGUUCGUGUAGGAGUUCGUUUUUUUUAUUAUUGUAAUUGAAUUGAUGCUAAAAGUUGAAUACUAGUACUAAUUUAGUUCCACGAGAUCUGUUGAAGAUUUCUAGCAUUCUUCGAAUAACCAAAUCACGACUGAACACUAGAAAUUAUUGCACGAAUUAUACUGUUCAUUUGGCUCUUCAAUUACCGUCAGCUGGCAUAUGUAAUGGUGAUGUUUGUCUUCGUAAAUUCUGCGCACUUCAUUUGUGUGUAUAUACGUCGAAAAUUUAGUGAGAAUUAUGGUUUUAUUUGUUAAUAAAGCUUUAUCUGCUUAUCUCGGCACAGCCCUGUACAAACAAAAAGAUGGUAUUACACGCUAAGUCCGUCAGCUGUCUGUAGCAGUUCAGCUGUCUAAAUAACUGGAGCUUCAGUACGAUGUCUGUGGCUCGUUAUCCCAUAUUCGACGAACUGUACUUCGACUGUUCUUUGUUGGUACUUAUUCCUCAUUAAUAAUUAAUGUGUUUUGAUUAUAAUUGAUGUGCUUAAUUAUUUGCCCAAGUGUCAUCACUUAUUGCCAUUUAAUUCUCCAUCCAGUUUAUACAGUAAAAGCUUAUGCUAAUUCAGGUUUACUUUUGACCCUACCUGUCAAACGGAGGUAAUUAAUUUCUGAACAUUACAUUUAGAAUUGAUUUAUUUUAGGCUUUAAUUCGCUCCUUGGUAAACACUUUGUAUACUUAAGUGACGAGAACUUGUAUUUUCAAUGUGGAACGACAAUUAGCAUCUGAAGACCUUCUCUAGAUGUAUAGAAGUAUAAGGACAAAACCAGCCUGCCGAAUAGUAGGAAACCUUUGCCAGUGAGCAUGAAAGAGAUAGCGUUGUAAUUUAUUUCUCCGUCAAUCCUCAUUGCAUCCCGUCUCUAUCAAAUCGAGAAAUAUAUUCUUUCAAUUAAAAAAGAUACUGUUCUAAUGGAGUUUGUGGUCAACGUAAGCUCAAGUUUUUUUUAUGAUUUGAAAUAGUUCCACCCUGCCUUUCAUGUUCCAACUAUGGAGGAACCCAGAGUUUCUUAUGGAAUAACUUUUAACAAGAAUAAAAUAUUGCGACGAAAAUUCGAGGUUUGCCAAAGUUCUAUAAAAUGUGUUGUUAUUAAAUUUAAACAUAAUUCCUGAUAGGUGUGACUUUAUCACGGAGAUGCGUGUCCUGUGUUGCGCUGACUCGUGAGUGCAUUGUAUUACAUCUAGUCUCAUCACAAUGUUUUCCUACACAUUGUGCUUGCGGCUACUUUGUUGUAAAUAAACUGUUAAUAUUUGUGAUC